CUUAUUCUUUGUUCGCGUGUGGACCCCGCCUGUUUAAAUGGCUCGCGUCGGCCUCAGCGUUCCCCUCCGCAUUCCCACGUUCGCUGGCAGCCGGCCUUCACCAUGGGCCCCCAGCAUCUUUACACGCUGGCGGAUCAAGGGGAAGCUGAAGUGGAAGCCGAAACAAGCAGAGAGACAACAACAGAUGCGUCUUCACUGCGAAAGAAUGAACCGUAUUCCGAUGAGCCUCCGAUAACCCCUUCCUCGAUCGCAUCCUCGUUGGAGAAGGGGACUACCGUCACAUCGCGGUGGACCAUCGGAUGGAUGACCCCAGGGUCUAUUGUCACUUGCUUUCUUUUAGCGGCCUCUCUGGCCUCCAUGCACCUGGGCCUCUUUCAUUGGCUGGACCAGCGGGAAGUCACCAAGACCAUCAAGCAGCCCUAUGUGACGGCGCUCUCAGUGGUCUUCGUCAAUGCUUUUCGGACUUUUCUCGCCGCUGCACUGGGUAUGUCCUUCAUCCAGAUGCUGUGGAAAGAUUUACGCGCCCGCCCGAUGCGCAUCGGCGAUCUCGAUUCGUUCCUCUCCGUCUUGACCAACCCCCUCUACCUCGGGCAGGUACAACUCAUAGGAGUAGCCCCGAUUCCAUUCAUAUGCGCUCUCAUCUGCUGGUGCAUUCCCAUCGCCAUGAUCUUCCCUGGCGGCGCCCUGACCGUGGAGCCCAAGUCAGUGCACAUCCAGACCAAUCAGUCCGUUCCAACAUUUGACCCGACCUUCGUGGGAAACGGGACCUUUCAGGGCAUGAUGGCGCAGGCACUAUGGCAACCGGACGAUUUUGACGCGUACAGCGGACCCACGAACAAGCUCACACGCGUCGCAAGACAGGCCAUCAUGGCCGGCCAUUACCUCCCCUCAUCCUCUCCCUGCGAUACCGACUGCACAUACACGAUAAGCAUGCUGGGUCCCAGCUUCGAGUGUCGCAACUACUCCUCCCCUGAUCUGUACAGCUGGGUCAACAAGACCUACCCGCAGACUCAAUCCUGGGAGUAUCUCUACAUCGCCUCAGCGGACUAUGCUGCGCGCACCAACCAAUCCGAAUAUAUCCUCGACUUCGAGCUCCGCUGGAUGCAGAACGGCGAGUAUCAGAACCUCACCUGUCGAGCAUACGAAUCCACCUACACCCUGGACAUCGCCUACACCGGCAGCACACAAUCCAUCGCCACGACCGUCCACCCCAUCCGCCAGCUCAACAGCUCCGGUCUCUACGACGACUACGGCAUGUACCCCCAAACCGGGACCAAGAAUUCACGCAUCAACGCAACCACAACCGGAGCCAGCGGCGGCAACGUCACGGACAUCUACCGUCGGGCCAACCUCGCCGCCAUCCAAGACUCACUAGUCCUUGCGCUGUCCGGGUACAUCGAUAUAUUCCUCCUCCACAACCAACCCACCGCCAACACCAUAAUCUCCCUCUCAAACCUCUACACCGGCCCCGCCUCCACCCCAACCUUCAACAUCACCCCCAUAUCCAUCCAAUCCCUCCUCCAAAACAUCACCCUCUCCCUCCUCACCCUCAACCAAUCCACCACCCAAACAACCAUCACCAACACCAUCACCAUGAACGUCUACACUUUCAACCGCCCCGCCCGGCUCAUCACACCCUACUUCGUCUGUCUGGGCGUCGGACUCGCGUUCAUCCUCUUCGGGGGACACGCGCUCGUGAGUAAUGGCAUUUCGGCCAGUAUGACGGGCUUGUUUCAGACGUUGUGUACGACGAGGGCGAGUACACGGUUGGAUGAUCUCGCCGCGAAGGGGUGUUUGGGGGGGAGGGAGAAUGUACCGGAGGAUUUGAGGAAUUUGAAGGUCAUGUUUGGGGAGAUAAGGGGGAGGGAUGGGGUUCGGAUGGCGGGGUUGGGGGAGGUGGAGGAGGUGGUGCCGUUGAAGAGGGGGGCGAUUUGAUUCAGCUUGGUGGUUGUGGAUGAGUGGAGUGAAUUGUUUAGAUGUUGUCAUCUUGAACGACUUUACUACGAAAUCUAGAACUAAUUAAUACCUUUAUUUUGUUAUGGUAUUCUUUCUUUCC